UGCUCUUUCGUAAUGAAAUCGAGCGUCCCCCAGGAGGCGUGACGGGCACUUUCAGUUUAUAUCUGGAAAAGGUCUUCUCUGCUUUACAACCCUAAAACUUGUCUUUACACAUUGACAGGAGGGAGCUGCAGUAAAUCUGUCCCAGGCACUAAACACAUAUCGUCAGAGGUAUGAUGAACUGCUGUGGUCUAAUAACUACCCAGAAGGAACCAGUUCCUCUGAAGAGCAUUGAGGUGCAGCUGGAGGUGAGGGACCAUGUGGCUACAGUGGUCUCCACUCUGAACUAUGAGAACAAGGAGGACAAACCACUAGAGGCUGUCUUUGUCUUCCCUCUGCCUGGAGAUGCAGCUGUCUGUCAUUUCAGUGCUACGAUUGGACAGACACAGAUUGUAGCUGAGGUGAAGGAGAAACAGCAGGCUCGGGAGGAGUAUGAUGACGCGCUGAGCUCCGGUCAGCAGGCCUUCCUAUUGGAGGAGAGUGAGCAGAGUCCAGAUAUAUUCUCUCUGAGUGUGGGCAGUCUGCCUCCAGGAGAGAGCGCCUCCAUCAGGCUGGAGUACGUCAUUGAGCUGGCUGUGCAGGCUGAUGACGGGCUGAGGUUCUGUCUGCCUGCUGUGCUCAACCCUCGCUAUGAACCACAGGAAAGGGUAGGUUCCGGUGUUCAGGUGACUUCUGUUCCAGCCUCUCUGGUUCCCUACAGUCUGUCUUUUUCUGCCCGAGUGUCCUCUCCUCGUCCAGUCUCUAAAGUAGAGUCCAGCUGUUCCCUGGACCCUCUGCAGUACCUCAACACAGAGCAGACCCAGGCCACGGUCAAGUUGGCUGCAGGACACAAGUUUGACAGGGAUGUUGAACUGCUGAUUUAUUACAAAGAUGCCCACCAGCCCACUGCUGUGGUGGAGGCAGGACAGGCCUCUGCAAAGCCUGGCACUCUGAUGGGUGAUCCAGUAGUGAUGCUGAGCCUGUACCCUGAGUUCCCCCAGUCUGUGAUGUCUUCAGUUGCCUCAUGUGGAGAGUUUGUGCUUUUAUUGGAUCGAUCUGGGAGUAUGGAUUGUCUUACGAAUGACAGCGAGGGGCAAGAAACACGCAUUAGCAGUGCCAGGGAUACUCUACUGCUCCUGUUGAAGAGCUUACCAAUGGGCUGCUAUUUCAACAUCUACAGUUUUGGUGACUCUUAUGAACACAUCUUCCCUAAGAGUGUGGAGUACAGUGAGAAGACCUUGGAAGAGGCUCUGAAGAAAGUUGAAGAGAUGCAAGCAGAUCUGGGAGGAACAGAGAUUCUUGAGCCCCUCAAGCACAUUUACAGCCAGCCCUGCAUUCCCAAUCAACCCAGACAACUGUUUGUCUUUACUGAUGGAGAGGUGUGCAACACCAAAGAGGUGAUAAAUCUGGUGAAGAAGAAUUCAGGUUCUCACAGGUGUUUCUCCUUUGGGAUUGGAGAAGGAUCCAGCUCUGCUCUUAUCAAUGGGUUGGCCAAGGAAGGAGGAGGUCACGCUCAGUUCAUCACAGGGACUGACAGGAUGCAACCUAAAGUGAUGCAGUCAUUGAGAUUUGCUCUGCAGCCAGCAGUGGAGGACAUCUCAGUUACCUGGGAUUUACCAAAGGGAGUGUCUGUCACUGCUCUCUCUCCACCAAUCACAACACUUUUCCAGGGUCAAAGGUCACUGAUUUAUGCCCAGCUCACUGGACAGAGUUCAGAUGCAGCAGAGGGCUGUGUGACUGUGAAGUACAGCCUGGCAGGUCAUCCCUCUCAGAACCAGCUCCACUUCAGUCUCAAACCUGAGGAGGACACGGGACUAACAGUCCACAGGUUGGGUGCUCGGACUCUGAUUCGCUCCCUGGAGAUGGAGGAGACAGACGAUAAGGGACAGCAUGAUGAGGGAGUCAAGAAGAAGGUGGUGGAGCUCAGUGUCCAAUCAGGAGUGAGCAGCUCCUUCACUUCCUUCAUUGCUGUCAACAAAGGCAACAACGAACCGAUUGAAGGACCUCUGGUGCGGAGAGAUGUUCCAAUAGCCUGUUUCAGUAGGAUGAUGGUUACUCCUCAGAUGUACAUGAGUGCUGCUUGUGGCACUUUUGGAACAAACCUGUGUUGCAUUGUUGACCGUUCUAACACAGGAGGAGGAGUAAUGUAUUUCGAUGAUGGCUUUGAAGACUGUGAACAAAGUGCAGGAGCAGACCUUUGUGAUGAUAACUAUGAAGAACUUGAAGAUGACACAGAAUUGUUUAAAUCAGACUUGAGAGCUAGAGAGUCUGGAUUCAACGUGCCCAAACAGCCUCACAAAGACCCUUUGCUGCAGUUGGUCUCCCUCCAGAAGGCGUCUGGCUGCUGGCUGCUCGAUCCAGCUCUGGCUGCUGCACUGGGAAAGACCAGCGAGGAGGUGGAGAAACCAAAACCCUCAGCCGUGAACCAGGAAGUGUGGGCCACCAUCCUGGCUCUGAUCUGGCUUCAUGGUUUCAAAAUGGACACAAAGGAGGAGUGGGAGCUUCUGGCUAUGAAGGCUGUGUCGUGGCUCCGUGCUCAGAAUGCACCAUGUGUGGCAGAGUGUGUGGAAGCUGGAAAUACACUGUUAGGUUGCGCGGUGCAGAGAGAUGUCCUGGGGCUCUGAGCUUUUCAUUUAACUGGCCUCCCCUUCAGAAAUAUUGCACAGAAGCAGAUUCACUUCAUCCCCACACCUUUACAUUGCAUAUUGCUAUUUGCACCUACCUUUAUAUGAGGGGUGAUUGAGAGGUUUGUAGCUCACAGUAGAAAGAUGAGCUCUCUCAUUACAUGCAUGUACAGUUCAACUCUUUGAGGAUUGUGCAGAGUUAAUAACUUUUGUGGUAUUUCUGUUUUGGUUCAUAGAAAAUUCCAAGUCAGUACAGUCUGAGAAAAACAGACAACAUUGGCCUUUGUGCAGUCAUCUGCUGAACGUUGUCCAACACCUGCCCUGCUCACCUAAUUUGGCACCCUCAGACUACUAUCUCUUCCCCAAGGACAUCAGUGGUUGCCAUUUUGCUGCUGUCCACCAUUUUCUCAGACAAUUUUCAACUACCCAAAAAAAUAAACACCACUAACUUUCUGCACAAUGACUCAAAGAGUUGAACUGCAUGUGCAUGUAACAAGCUGUUUAACUCAUCUCCCUACCUUAGGCCACAAACCAAUCAAUCACCUUUUGUAAUAUUGUGUGUCUUACUGUAUUUGCACUAUGCUUCAUCUGUUCAGGAUCAGCUCUGUUACAAGGAAAAAAAUCGACUUUUGUUUUGUACCUUUGAUAUUGCUGUGUACCUGAAGCUACUCACAAAUAUUAAAGUUGAAUCUUUGGACCUGAAA